GACAGAGAGUCAGGACAAACUAUUGACAGAUUUCUUCAUUCGGUCCCAUUUUGUUACACUAAUUCAAGGACAUUUUAGACAGUGUUACACCUGGGUCAUAGUAAUGGAACUGUUUUCUGAUCAGGGUUGUGAGAGCUUAGAGCUGCUUGAUUUGCUCUUCGAUAAGAAUGACGGCAUCUUACGGCAUGAGGAUAUGGGGCAACAAAAUCAGCUUUGGCCAGUUCAAGAUCCACAUAUAAUGAUACCCACCCAUGGUAGUGAGGACUUCUUCAACACACUUCUAGGUGGGUGUAACUCUGUGUCCGGAUCACCUGUUUGGUCACCUUCUCCAAGUGACAGUGGAAUAAGCGAAGACCCCCAUUCAGAUCACAUCGACAGUCCACCACCAACUGGAAGCCUCCCUGUGGUGCCCCGCUUUGUCCCAUCUGAGACACAACACAACCAUGGUCUUAAAACCAACUUCCCUUUUGAUUUCAAUGGCUGGGGGACUGGCUUCAACCCAGACGGGGCCAAAGGGAUGCAGCGCGUACCUGAAACGCCACGGGUGCAACCAACCACUGGAUCACCCCUCACUGUCAAGGACCUGCUGCUAUCUGGCACUCCAGAGCCUCCCACAAAAACUUCCCAGCUUGUUCUUACGGAGGAUGAGAAACGACUGCUUGCCAAGGAGGGAGUGAAUCUGCCAAAUCAGUUUCCACUCUCAAAGUAUGAGGAACGGAUUCUGAAGAAAAUUCGCAGAAAGAUCCGCAACAAGCAGUCGGCUCAAGAGAGCAGAAAGAAGAAGAAAGAAUAUAUUGAUGGCCUGGAGAGCAGGAUGGCUGCAUGCAGCGUGCAUAACCAGGAAUUGCAGAGGAAGGUCUUCCAACUGGAGAAAUGUAACAUGUCUCUGAUGGAACAGUUGCGUAGGCUGCAGGCGCUGGUCAUGAACGGAUCCAACAAACCGGCCCAGACAAGGGCAUGCGUUCUGGUGUUGCUUCUGUCAUUCACCCUAAUUCUACUGCCCAAUCUAAAGCCCUUCACAGAUACCAAGGUCAGCCAACAUGGAGACUUCAGCCCAUUGAAAGUUCAGUCACGGUCACUGCGCUACAUUCAGUCGUCUCGAGUGCUGCACACCCUUGAGCAUCCAUACUCUGUAGCUGAAGACUCCAAACUGCUUCCUCAGUUCUCUGGGGAUAAGAGUAUGGAUGAGAUAAUGUCUCUUCUGGGAAAAUUUCAUAGGAGUUCAGGACUCACCAAUUACGACCCUGAAUCUCACAACCACAGUGCCGACCAGCAUGAUGACCAUCACCAUGGAGACCCCAUCACUGGGCAUGUAGCCACGGUGACCUUGACUCCACGACGUGGCUCAAGGCGGAGUCCACAUGCUGAUGAUAUGUGAAGGGCACGGGGGGGAUUUACCCAGGGAUUUGUUAAAACUUUAACAGGGCUUUUCAAGACGAAAUCCAGCUAACAGAUGGCUGGAAUGUCUUUUUUUAUUAUUAUUCUUAUUAUUUCUGUUCAAGUAACCUUGUGGAGAUGUAUACUUUUUGUGUAUUAUAUAACUAUGGUUAAAGCAAUAAUUCAGUUUUAUCUCUUUAUUUUCAUGUUGGAAAUCCAUAUUUUCUCUCAUAUUUCAUUUUUUAAGAAGUAGCUUUGUUUUUGGUUAAAAUGUGAAAUGCGUUUUGCAUUUAUUUUCAAUUUACUAUAGAUUUUAUAUGAUUAGCAUAACAUUUUGAGAUGUAUUGAUCAAUUAACGUGAAUUUCAUGAAUGGCUUUCAUAACUUAUGUGCCCCACUGUAGUUGUAAAGACAGUUAUCACUUUAGGAUCAGGCACAGCUGUAGUGCAUUUGUUUUACAUAGGGAUUUCAUAAAGUACUUCAUAAAGGACUUCUAAGCCAUGAACCAAUCCAACCGGCCUCGAGCUGAAUUACAACAUUAUAAACUUUGAUUUGAAGCAAAAAGCUAUUUGAAAAUCGGACAAAAAGACAAAGGUGCACUUUUGGACACAAAAGACACAAGACUGUGCUCUUACCCUCUGGAAACAAACAACAAUCCCAUAAAGUGUUGCGAAUGAGGCAAUCGAAUUACAAAGCGAAGGAAAAAUAUAAAACUAUGAAUUUAAAGUUGUUGACUAAACAUAUAGAAACAAUAUAUUUUCAUUUUAUUACGAAAUGUACAGACAAAUACAAAUAUACAGUAUAAGUAGUUUGAGUAGGAACACCGACUCAAUAUCAUCAUAACAGUACAUCAGUGGGCGGUCGCUGCAGAGCUCUUAUGGUGCGAUAGGUUCACUGCAAUUAUCUGAUUGGAUCGUUUCUUUUACAAUCAUUGGUAAUGUAGUUUUUCCACCAAGAAUUCCACUAUUAAACACAUUUUAUUAAAAAUGAAGUUGAAAUAACAUGGACUGAUGACUUCAACAGAAGCGUUUACCAUCUAUUAACAAUCUCGGAGCUCCCAGUAGGUCUGUCUUUAAAAGUUUAUAAGUUAUUGUUAAAAAAUCUAUUUCCCCUAUGGAGAAAAUGUAUGGGAUUUUUUCUUCUGGAUCCAGACCUCUGCACUAUUUAUAGCUGUGUUGAAUAAUAUGAAAUCAUUCUGUUCCAAUUAAUACAUUUUGCAUUUAGAACCCGUCAGCUUUGUAAGCUCGUCUUCAAAGAGGGUCCUGUGUUUAUCUUACCUUUAAAGACAGUUUUGCUUUAUGGGCACUAAACUGGGAACUGUAGUAAAUUUUUUAACAAAUGAGAUUUUGAAUAAAAUCACAAUGACUUCAAUUAUCAUUCAAAAUGUUUCAUCAAUGUACAUCAUGUCUUUUCAAU